AUGUCAUUUGAUGAUCUAUCAGCCAUCGUUGGUAUUGUGGAAGAAAAUAAGACGGAGUUAGUAAACAAACCAAUCUUUGCUCGGCUAAAGUUCACUCUGGAACAGAGACUGUUAGAUCGAUGCAGUCAUACUCAUAGCCCUGUAGAUGUAGUGUACACAAUGGAGGACAACAUACUUUCGGUUACUGCCGAGUUCUCGCUUGAGAAGGAGGAAAAAGUUACUGAAACAGAAGAAAUCACUGGCAACCGUGAAAUUCACGCCAAACUUACGUUUACGAAAGAACAGGAAAAUGAUUUGCGUGAGGCAUUUAAUCUGCUGGAUUACACCGGAGAAGGGAAAAUGAACGCUCAAGAUUUUCGAGUGGCUAUAAAAGCUCUUGGUUAUGAACCAACUUUUGAAGAGCUGCAGCAGAUGAUCAACGGGGUCGACAAGGGAGGCUCCGGAAAAUUAAGCUUCGAGAAUUUCCAGACGCUUCUCAUGCGUAAAGUCAUGGCGCUGGACACUGAUGGGGACAUCAUGAAAAGUUUUCGUCUGUUCGACGUCGAUGACACUGGUUCCAUAAGUUUUGAGAAUGUGAAGACGGUCACAGAGAUUCUAGGCACUUACCUUACGGAUGAAGAAAUUGAAGAGAUGAUGGAUGAUGCUGAUAAAGAUUACGAUGGAGUUGUCUCAGUGGAAGAAUUCAUGAAGAUGAUAAAGAGCAGUGUUGAUAUUGUGACUCCUUGAUUCCAUAUUAGUGUAAUAAUUAUGAAUAUUUAAUAAAUUUAUGUAAUAUAGUGCGUCAAGCAAAUCUU